AUGGACCGGUUUGACUCGAGUAUGGACCGCUUUGACUCGAGUAUGGACCGCUUUGACUCGAGUAUGGACCGCUUUGACUCGAGUAUGGACCGCUUUGACCCGAGUAUGGACCGGUUUGACCCGAGUAUGGACCGCUUUGACUCGAGUAUGGACCGCUUUGACCCGAGUAUGGACCGCUUUGACCCGAGUAUGGACCGCUUUGACCCGAGUAUGGACCGCUUUGACCCGAGUAUGGACCGCUUUGACUCGAGUAUGGACCGCUUUGACUCGAGUAUGGACCGCUUUGACCCGAGUAUGGACCGCUUUGACUCGAGUAUGGACCGCUUUGACCCGAGUAUGGACCGGUUUGACUCGAGUAUGGACCGCUUUGACCCGAGUAUGGACCGCUUUGACCCGAGUAUGGACCGCUUUGACUCGAGUAUGGACCGCUUUGACUCGAGUAUGGACCGCUUUGACUCGAGUAUGGACGGCUUUGACCCGACCCGAGUAUGGACCAGCUUGACCCGAACCAGCCGCCACUGA